CAAAUGCAAGCAGAUGAUCGGAGGAAACUUCAUUGUUUACGUAAAAUAAGUAUUUGGAGGCAUGCAUGAAAUGGGAGAAAAUUGUGAGGAAGAUGAAACUGACUGCCACUGUUUUCUAGUUUCUUCCAAAGAAAAGACAACCCUGCCAACAUCGAGAUUUUAACGUCGGAUUUGGAACAUCCAGCUUAGACAUGUCGCCACGCCACGCUGGGGCACCAUCACCACCACCACCGGCCGUCUAUAUAUUUGGGGACUCUACCCUCGACGUCGGUACCAACAACUUCAUACCCGAGUCCGCCGCAAGGGCAGAUUUCUAUUUCAAUGGUAUCGAUUUCCCUUACUCGAAGCCAACAGGGAGGUUCAGCAAUGGCCUUAACACUGCUGAUCAGAUAGUGAGACUGUUGGGUCUAAAGAAGAGUCCACCACCAUUUUUGUACCUUGUCAAUGAUCCAUCCAAUUUCCAGAAGAAUAUACUGCAAGGUGCCAACUUUGCCUCUGGAGGAUCCGGUGUUUUAAGAGAUACUGGAAAGGCAAAAAGGGUGAUCCCAUUGGAGGAGCAGAUCCAACAUUUUUCAACCAUUCGUUCAAACAUAACAAACAUGACAGGGAGUGAAGAAGCAACCGAUAAAAUCCUGUCGAAAGCAUUCAUUCUUAUCAGCAUUGGAAGCAACGACAUGUUUGAAUAUCUGCUUAACCUCAGCAAACCAAUGUCCUUAGCGGAGUUCAAUGCGACCCUUAUAUCCACAUACGAAUACCAUAUAAAGACUCUAUACGAGCUUGGAGCACGAACGUUCGGCAUUUUAACGGUUCCACCAAUCGGGUGUACCCCAUUUGCUCGAGCUGUCUUCACCGGUAACAACAGCUGCUUCGAACCAGCUCAAGCGAUGGCAGUACAAUUCUAUUUCGACGUUGGGAGCUCAUUAGAACAGUUCAGCUCCACUGUCCAAGACAUGAAGUAUUCGGUGGGGAAUACGUUUUUGAUGACCCGUGUUUUGACGGGGGACAUGUUGGCCUUUGGUUUGAAGAACAUUGCAGCUGCAUGCUGUGGGAAUGGGACUUACGGUUGCAAUCAAACGGCAAGCUUUUGUUCGAACCGUGACGAGUACUUGUUUUGGGACCAGUUUCAUCCGACACAAAGGGCUUCGGAGUUGGUUGCCUUGACUCUGUUUGGUGCAGCAGAGCCAAUUAUGGUUCCCAUGAAUUUCAGUCAGUUGCUGGGGGUUAACAUUUAG